AAAACACAAAGAGCUGUCACUAACAAUAAUACACAAAUAAGCAAAACAUACAUCACUGUGAUGGAGAGAAAGCCCCCAGUUUAUGGGAAGUUGAUCACAGUCCUUAGCAUUGAUGGUGGUGGAGUUAGAGGUCUAAUCCCAGCUACAAUCCUUGAAUUUCUUGAAGGUGAACUUCAGAAAUUAGACGGUGAAGAUGCAAGAAUCGCAGACUAUUUUGAUAUAAUUGCUGGGACAAGUACCGGUGGUCUCAUCACUGCGAUGUUAGCCGCUCCAAAUGAGCAUAGGCGCCCUCUAUUCAAGGCUAAAGAAAUCAUAGAUUUCUAUCUUCAUAUGUGCCCCAAGAUCUUCCCUCAACACUGGUGCUAUACUUUUAUAAGAAGAUUAAAGAGCUUAAUUAGAGGGCCAAUGUAUGAUGGAAAAUGCCUACAUGACUUCAUAAGGAAGAAACUUGUUGACACCAGAUUAGGAGAUACAUUAACUAAUGUAGUUAUUCCUACCUUUGACAUCGAAAGACUCAAACCAACUAUCUUUUCAAGCAUUGAGGUGAACGAAAAACCAUACAUGAACGCCUACCUAUCCGAUAUUUGCAUAGCAACAUCUGCGGCACCAACUUAUCUUCCUCCUCAUUAUUUUGAGACCAGUCAAGGUGGAAAGAAGCAUAAAUUUGACCUAAUUGAUGGUGGUGUGGCAUUAAAUAAUCCGACUCAUAUUGCAAUGAGAGAACUUUCCGAACAAUUCCAUCGUAAAAACCUUGAUUUUCCCAUCCUCAUAUCUUCUUCGGAGUAUGCUCGCUUUGUGGUGUUAUCUUUAGGGACAGGCGUAUGCAACAUUCAAGGGAAAUAUAAAGCAAGUGAGGCUAAAAAGUGGGGUUUGUUAGGAUGGUUUGCACCAUUACUUGAUAUUUUUACAAGUGCUGAUAGUGAUAUGGACGAUUUCCAUCUUUCUUCUGUCUUCAAAACCCAUAACGCCCAAAACAAUUACCUACGCAUUCAGGUGGUCUUUUAACUACACACUUCCUUCAUAUAUCGACACACAUGAAAGCAUAAAACUGAUUAAUCAUAUGUGAAAACAUUCGGUGGUAAAUGAAUACAAAAACGUUUUCUUUUCUUCGCUUUGAGAGGUUACAAUCAUGCAUGAAUUAGAGAGAAUGCAUACUAAAUCCAUACAUUCAUUACAUUUAAAGGAUUAAUCUACAUGGGUAUUUAAAGUGUGGGAUGCCUUGAGGAAGAAAACAUCAGAAACACCAUAACUUAGGAUAGUAACAUAAUAAUAUACCCAUGGCAUUAUUGCUUAGUGGUAUCUUGGGGGUGGGAUAAGCCUUAUGACCAUUAGGUCAUUGGUUCGAUUCCCAUAAAGGGAGUUUUUCCCAGAUUUAUUGGGUUUCCUCCUGAAUUGGUGUAUAGGCAUUAUUGCCUACUGUGGAUGGAUAUGAUCGGGUGGUUCUGCUGGUGGCACGAUAAUACUCCAGUGGUCCAUCAUUAUAGCCUACUAACAUUUGGUGGGUGUGAUAACACUUAGGAACAAUUAGGUCCUGAGUGUAGGACAACAAUUCACAAAAUAAAUAAAAAAAAAACAAUUUUAUUAAUCAAUUUUAUGAUUACAACUCAUAAGAAAGAACAAAAGCAAACUGAAAGAAAAUACAAUACAAGAAAUGUAAACUAAACUAAGAACAUAUUACAAAAGAAAUACAAAGAAAACAUAAAACAACGGUGACUGAGGCACGUGAAGAUCACGCUUCCCUUAAAACAGAUUUCGGGCCACCCAGGUGAACCCGUCUGUUUCCCAGGGUACAACAGCCUGAGCAGAUUGUACUGCCGGGAUUAGCCUAGCACUUGAAAAAAAUAUCUGAAACAAGAGUGCGUAGAGAUCCAAAAUUAGAGAAUUCGUUUGAAGUUGUGUGUGUUGUAUGAACUAUGCAAUUUUCAGUGUUCUGUGUCUCCUAAACAAAGCAUACAACUUUGUAUAUAAUGCUGUUUAGAAUUCCAAAAUGAAAGGUCAUAAUUGACUACAUAAUUCAAUAAAAAUUAAGUCUCAAAUUCAAUGAGAACUUAAUUCAACUUCACCAGUAGGAAUCUGAACAGUCACCAGACCACUUGCUCAAGCCACACAGACCAAGACGCAUCUAAAAAAUAGUAAAGGCGGCUCGCGGCGAUGCGAGCGUGCGAAGUGCGCCACAUUGCCCUCGUCCCGGUCCCAUGCCCGGGCGCGUGCCGGGUGCUUCGCACCCUCCUGGCUACCACUGGGUGUGAGCUGUCACGUAAGAAUACAUUCGUGUAGAAAAUCAUAAUUAUCAAUGCAUAAAAGAUUUAUCUCUCCACCUAUGUGGAACAAACUCAAUUUCCCACAUAUUUAUGGUUCCAACACACAACCUUAAUGCUUAAGAUCUCUCAUUCAUCUUGACUUAUUUAUUAAAUAAUCAUUAUAUUAAAUCAUAAUAUAAUAUUACUUAUAAAAUUUCCAACACUGAGUUCAAUUCCCACAAAGGGGUUUUCCCAGAUUCAUUGGUUUCCUCCUGAAUUGGUGUAUAUGCAUUAUUGCCUAGUACAGAUGGAUAUGAUCAGGUGGUUCUUCUGAUGACGCGAUGAUACUCCAGUGGUCCUUCAGUGAUCCAAAUUUAGCGUUAAAAAAUCAAAUCAUAAUUUAGCUAACAGGCUUGUAGGGGUAAAGAUUGGCUUUUAUAUUUUUAUUUACAGAUGGUGUAGAGAGUUCCCUAAGAGGGGUAAAUGCUUAUGAUUUUUCUCGACCACCAAGAAAUGAAAAAAUCAGUAAGGUUUAGUCA